AGUUCAGAGAGUUGCGGUCAAGAAGUUUGCGAAUGGAAAAGAGGUCUUAAACGAGUGUUCAAAAACGUAAAAACAAGCCAAUGGCCUCAGUAAUAUGAGAGACGGGUAUCCUAGGCAGGCGAACGGGUUCAAGACAUGCAUGUGCUUGUACUUGUGCUGUAUACCAUGUAAUGACUGACACGCUUAUAACCAAAACAGCGAGACCUGCUGCUCGCACUUUCCGAGAACACAACAGGGGAAAUAAAAAAAGAAUCAAACGGCGUCGAACUGCAUGUGCUCUGCGCCAGGUUGCGUCAUCUGAUGAAAGGGCCUCCCUGCGUUUCCCUGUGAUACCAGCCACAAGUCAUGGGGUCCUGUCAACGGCACGACGGGGUCUGAUCACGCCCUAUUCGAGAAAAGAUGGGAAAUGGACAAACGGCGAGGCCCAGCCAUGCAGAAAGCAAAUCGACAAUCUGGCUUUGGCCUGCACUGAUUUGCACUGGUUCCUGAGCAGAUCGAUGGAUGCUUUUUUGCUGAUCUCCCGCGGGCUUGGGGCGCUAUGCACUGCUUUCUUCCGGAUUCUGUGGAGCACGAGUCGCCGGCCUGGGUUGGAUGUUAUUCGAGAAGCUGUUCAGCCCUCUUUGAAAGUUUGCGCAGUAGCAAUUCCCCGUAGCAAGAGCAGCAUAGCAGACAAAUUAGCCAGCUCGAUUUUUUUUUUUUUUUUUCCAGCAGGCAGCAGGACCGUCGGAAAGCUGAGCGUUGAAUCACGGGCCGGGCAGAGAACUCGUCGCUGCCUCGGAGCAGAUGCUCCCUUGCGCGGCGUGACCUCCGCCCAUGAUUUUCUCCCCAUCAUUCAGUAACGAUCGGGAAUUUAGCGCUUCAUCGGGAGGAAUUCAGCGUGGGGUCCCGCUAACAGACAGUUACGUUACUCUAGGCACAGCAUAGCGUGUGUUAUCCAAAUUGCUGGCGCUAAGGCAUUUAUCUAUCUCUAACAACCGCGUUAAGGAACAAAGUGCAAAAUCUGACUAAACAAAGAAAAAGUCUCUCAUCCUGGGGUAUAAUGUAGUUGAAUACACGUAUCUUGGUUCAUAUAUUCAUCUGGGAGCAUUCAUCCAUACACAAUGUCCUCGUCAACACCACCGGGAUUAGUU